AUGCCUCAAUUCAAGGACGAACAUGUCCUGCUCAUCGCGCCAGGCUCCCAAACGACCCUCGCGCAGUUGGGACUGCCUGAAUCCUUCACUCCUGCCAGUCACCGGUUUCCCACGCGCAUGUUCCCCGCAGAAAAGAAAGGCGAGUUUGAGCCGUUUAAAAUCCGGGAAAAGAGACGCGAGGUCAAUGCUACGACGACAAACAAUAAUACCGAUAACAACAAAAAUAAUGACAAUGAGAAACCCGAUGUUGACAUGACAGAGGCGCCGAAACAGGAAGAAACAGAAAAGAAACUGGAAGAAACAAGCAACGCCAACAACGGCGAGACAGCUGCCAAUGGCAUUGGCAAUGGCACAGCGGAACAGCAAGGCCAAGAAGAUCAAGAGGCAGAACCCAAGGAGGAAUUCUUUCUUGAAGAAGAUAUAAUUUCCGACGAGGGCGCUGUAUACCCCAUUCGCAAUGGACAUAUCGUCGACUGGCCGUGUUUCCUAUCUCUGCUAGAACAUGUAUACAACACUCUGAGUCCGCCGUUCCACACGCCGAUUUUGAUCUUAUCCGAACCAGCGUGGACGGCGCGCGAUCGCGAAAUCCUAACACAGUUCGUUUUUGAGAAGUUCAAACCCCCGGCGUUCUGUUUGAUGGACUCUGCGCUCGCAGCUUGCUAUGCCUACGGCACAAUUAAUGGUACUGUGGUUGAUAUUGGCUAUGGUAAGGCGAAUGUGACCGCUGUUAUCGACUCGGUUGUGCAAGAAAAUGGUCGAGGAAUUGCUUUGGAGGGAUGUGGAGGUGAGACAAUGACGGAUCGAUUGGAAGAGCUGUUGAAAUCAAAGGGAUUCACGAGGGAAAUGUGCGAGCAGUUGAAACGCAGCAAUGUCACGGAAAUCCUUCCCCUGGGAACCCCGUUACCGGGAUCUACUGACGCUGCUGGUAAGAACGGUCAAGGAGCCGGCAAUCCAGCUGCCGCUGCGUCAACAGGCACAAGCGAGGGAAUCAAUUCAUCCAAGAUCCCCCGCGGUCCUGGUCGAGGGACCCAAACUGAGAACAAUGAAAACGGCGAGGACGACGAAGGUAUUCUCGACGUUGCUGCUAUUGUCACGAGUGGCAAUACCAACGAGUUCCUCGCUAAACGCGAGAAAGAAAAGGCUACGAGCAAGAAGGGCGCCGCUGAGCAGGCUAAUAGGGCAGCUCGUUUACCAAAUUCGAAGCGUGAAACGACUACUUUCCAGUUUGAGGAGUUUGCCCGUAUCAACGACUCGGCUCAGUAUAUCCGCCAGCGACGUGAUGUCGAGGUUGGUCUUGAGCGUUUUCUUCUUACCACGCCCGGGAAGGAGAGGGAAGAGCGUGGAAGUAAUGGUGUCUUGGAAGAUUUGGCGGCUCAGAUUCACCAUACUAUUUUGGCAGUCCCGGAUGCCACGAAACGGAGUGAACUCUGGGACAAUCUGAUUAUUAUUGGAAACGGAAGCCGUGUUCGAGGUAUGUUCACUUCGGAGAUUCCUUCGAAUAUAUCUACUCCAAUGGCCACUGGCACAACCACCCCGGCCAAUCCGGGAAGUCAAACGCCAGGACCUCUUCUUCAUCCAGCUGCGCAUGGAGUCAACCCCUUACUCGUCGCCGCCACACAUGCCAACGCACCACCAAUGCCGCCAAUUACACCGGGCAUGCAUGAAAACCCAGCAUUAUACAUGUCAUCUAUGCAUUACCGCUCCACAGGCCACUCACAGACCCCAACAUCAGUGAAAACCGUCAAACCACCAGACUAUUUCCCAGAAUGGAAGGACCAAGGCGGCGGCGGUAACAGCAGCAAUGCGCCUGGAACUACCGGAGCCGGUGGUACGAAUACAACAUCCAACCCAUCGGGCGCACCCCGUCCCGGAAUGGAAGAAGGCGUGUUCUUGGGGGCGCAAAUAGCGGCCAAGAUGGUCUUCAUUAAUGAUACCCAGGGCCAGUACAAGGGCUAUCUACCAAGGGCCGAGUACAAUGAGAAUGGACCGUCGGCUAUUCAUGAGUUUGCGCUGCUGUGA